CGACAGUGUCGCAAAUGACACUGGACUCACUCAGUAGCAAUUUACUCCAUGGGAACGAAGUCGCGGCUGGAGUUUUGUUUACUCUCUUGGGGAGCCAACAGCUACGGGCAGCUGGGACAGGGACAUGCGGAGGACCAGUCAGUGCCCCGGCCCGCUGACACUGCUGCUUUACAAAGCAGGGCAGUCCGGACCGUGAGCGGCGGCGGAGGUCACUCUGUGUUUGUCACCGAAAAUGGAGAGGUGUUUGUGUGUGGACAAAAUAACAGAGGCCAGCUGGGACUUGGCCACAAUGCAGACAUGUCAACUCUUCAACUCUGCCCCAGCCUAAAUCAGACGGUCAUUAAUGUAGCCUGUGGUUGGGACUUUACUCUUCUCCUUACUGACUGUGGUCAAGUACUGGCAUGUGGCUCCAAUGCAUUUGGGCAACUGGGUGCUGGACCGACAGUCACACACUCUGCAGAUCUGCUGUUUGUUGAGUGUCUGAAGGAUCCAGUGGUGAGUGUAGCAGCAGGACUUAGACACUCACUCGCUGUUACUGACUCAGGCUGUGUGUAUCAGUGGGGAACCGGUCUUUUCAGUCACGCUAAGAGAGCACUCAGUCCACACCCUAUCCCAUCACACCUCUGCUCUAAGGUGCCCUGUCUGGUACCAGGUCUGGAUCAGAAAACAUCACACCUGGUAGCUUCAGGCUCAGCACACUGUGUGUGCCUUACAGGAGACGGUGAUUUGUUUCUGUGGGGAAGCAACAAGAAUGGUCAGCUGACCACCACAGAGCCAUUCCUGUCCUCUCCAACUCUUCUAAAGCGCUCACUACUGGAUGGAGAGAAAGUUAUAAAUGUGUGGAGUGGCUGGACACACAAUGUUGCUCAAACAGAGAGUGGAAGAGUGUUCACAUGGGGCAGAGGAGAUUAUGGACAGCUGGGCCGACAAGCAUCAACCAGUCAGAGCCUAGAGCAGCAGUCAGCUGGCCCUUUAGCAGAAGGUGGAAACCGAGAAAUUUGCCUCCCUGCAGAGGUUAAAAUCCUCAGAGGAGCAACACAGAUUGCAUGUGGAUCUGAACAUAACCUUGCCAUUGUAGGGGGGUGUCUCCUUUCCUGGGGCUGGAAUGAACAUGGAAUGUGUGGAGACGGUUCACAAACCGACGUCUUUCAGCCUCAGCUCAUAUCUGGUCUCAGACCUCUUCUCCUUGGUUGUGGAGCAGGACAUUCUAUGGCAGUGUGCGCUGCGACAACUGUUUGAGAUAAAACUCUGCACGUACUUCAACAGGACAGUCAUUCAGCAUGUGACAAUCAGAGAUGAGAAAAACUGAAUUUUUUUGAAUUAACCAAUUUCUGACUGAUUUUGUGGCUUAUUUGUACUUUGCAAAGCCCUCAAAGGUUAUUUUAAGUGCCUUUGAAUAUUCACUAACUUUCACCUUCUAAAAGGCCACCUGAGCCGCUUGAACAGGUCAGACUUCAAAUUGCAGUCGUCGUAAAUAUUGUCGUGGGGUUGGACACAGGCUGAGUUAUGUUUCGUUUGGACAGAGACCAUCAAUUCUCUGACUAGCCCGCCAAUUUGAUGGACAUGGUUGGAGAUGCAGGACAUGGCCAUGCCUAUGGCUCCUGGUCCACCUGCCAUGGUUGUCUUCCUGAAUGAAGCCGUUAUGGAUCGUGUGAGGGAUGGGCUAGGCUGGGGCUAUAGCUCCAUCUUCCCAUGUCAGCGGUUUUAUGGCUGUGAUCUUGAGUGUCGGGAAGCAGUUUAUCUCUGCACUUCAUAGUGAAAAUCUCAUGAUUUACGGCUUACACAUACAGGACAGUAUUUUAUGCUUUUCUAACUGUCCAUCACUUAUUUAUAUUGUUGUCAGUCUGUGUGAUAUUCUUUGAUAUUAUGUUUGUCUUAAUUGCACCACUUUCAUCCUGUAUAUCUCAAUAAUCCCUCUUGGGAGAAACUCGUCCACUGCAUUCGACCCAACCUACAUAUUUAUAAGCGGUGGGCGUCAGCAGUGCUGCACCCAGGGACUAUCUGCAGCUCUUAAGCCAGUACCUUGGUCAAGGGCAGUGGCAGGACUCAGAAUGGCUCAGAGAUGAUAUGGUUGCAUUAUAUUUUCCAUUUUAUUUUAAAAGUUUUUAUUUUACGACUAUAAUUUAUGCAAAUUAAACAUAGAAACUACCUUUGUCACUGAAAUUAUGCAUUAAUAAAAAUUAGAUUAAUGUGAUUUUACCUGGAUUAAUUUGAAAAAAUAAAUCAACACUCGUUGAAAAAUUAUUUCAUUUCUGUGUUUUUUUUAUUUAUCACUAUUUAUUGUACAAGCCUGAACUGUAUUUGUCAAAAAAGACACAAAAAAUCCCUAAACAACAAACCAAUCAAAACGAUCACUGAACACCUCACUGAGAUAACUAACCACAAAAUGCACGGUGUUCAAAACACACAUUCUGAAGUCUCACUAAACGGCACACACAAGUUGCCUCUUAGUUGUGUUACUGAUUCCAUUAAUGAUAACAGCUGCUUUUUCUGUUUUGUUUUUGUUUUUUUUUAAUUCCGUCGGAUAGUGAUCAGCACACUUUCCCCCCCCAUUUGUGCUCAGCUCUGUUGGCAGAUCAAGAUCUGUUGUACCUGACUGCACACAGAUCUCAGCAAGUUGUUGGCAGUGUGUUGGCAGUUGUUUGGUAAAAAGUUGGUCCCUUUUCACUUUCCACACAAACAAUGAAUCUAUACUGUGUACCCAUUGGCUGUUUCUUAUUUAGGUAUGCUCACUGCUUGCCUUUAGAAGCUGAUCGGUAAGGGGGUCCUUAUUGUAUCUUUGUGCUUUUUGAGUACUGAACUGAUGCUUGUUUUCAUGACUGGUGACUGGUGGUUAAUUUAAAAUAAAAUGUACUUUAGUUCAUCAUGUUGGUUAAUCUAUACUCCUGAAUGGUGAGAAAAAUUUGCAUAACAGAGGCACUUGUCCAGUAUGAGGCAUAUGAUGUGUUGGCAUUAGCAUUACAUACUAAUAUACCAAUUUGCAUGUGUGCAGAAAAAGAAUAAUAAUCCAAUUCUACAUGAUUGUCAAUUAAAAUACCACAGAAUAAUUAUCGUCUGAGCUGUGACAUGAGUUCAUGUAUUUUGUAUAUAAGCUUUCUUUGUUAAUCAAGGUACAGCUACAUAUGAAGAUAUAUCAACAUUCAAUUAAUGUUGAAUGUUUAUUAUUCAUUUCUGAAUAAACCUAAAUAGGAUUUGCUUAGCCGGCUAAAUAAUUUACCAAUUCCUAAUGGCACACUGUGCAAUUUUAAUGCCUCAUUAAUACAAGGUA